CCAUCCACAUCCACGCAGGCACACACCCCUCCGGCCUCCGUAUAUAUCCAUCUCCAUCCACCACCCGACCUCAUUCUUCAUCCUCUUCCUCACAGCUGCUUGCUGCUUAGCCGCCCUUGGCUGCUCUCUGCUCCUCCGAAUUCCAUGGAUCUGCAGGCGGAGCUGCGGCGCCCGGCGGCGGCCCACGAGGCGGCGCUGAGGGCCGUGCAGAAGCCGCCCGCCAAGCCCUGGCGCGGGGGAGGCGCCGCUUCGACCCCGCCCCCGCCGCCCAAGGUGUACCGCGUCGAGCCCCGGGAGUUCCGGGACCUCGUGCAGAGGCUCACCGGCGCGCCGCCCGCUCCCACGGGCAGGGGCGGCGUGGCGCGGCCGCAGCAUCAUCAGCUGCCGGCGGCGGUGCAGCCGCACCAGCCGGUGGCCGUUCGCGCUACAGGGGACCACCACCACCAGCAGCAGCAGCAGCUUUACGGCUCGCCGUGGUUCUCCUUCCCGCUGGCCGGGCUGGACGGCGCCAACGCCGGCGGCCUCAUGUAGUCGUCGUGACGCAACGCACGCAUCAAGGGAAGAGAAGGGAAGGGAUCGAUGUAGCAAAUCAAAGCUUUCUCCUUUUUUUUUCUUGGUUAUUACAGGACAGAGUAGUUUGUUUCUGAAACAAGGAAGGGAAUCGAGCAUACAAGAAUCAACAGCAGCAGUCACCUCACCACGCAUGCAUUAGACAGGCAGGCAGACAUACAUAGAUGAAUUAAUUAAUGAUGUUGAAUAAUAAUGUCAAUAGUCAUACUCUAGUUAGUUAUUCUCUGUUAAUUACUACUACUACCAGCAAGUACCGGUGUUCAUAUAGACAGACUUGGUAUAUCACUGUAACAAGUGUAUGUGUAAUGUUGAAGGAUGAAGGUGUUGCAGUAGUCCAGCUGCAUGCUGAGAAACAAAGUCUUUCCAAUUUUCUUGCAAGCAACGAGGAUCAUCCAUUGGUAUCA